AUGGCCAUGAAAAGAAUUUCAAAGGAACUGAUGGAUCUGCAUAAAGACCCGCCCACAAACUGUUCAGCUGGCCCAGUUGGUGAAGACAUUUUUCAUUGGCAGGCGACCAUCAUAGGCCCAGAGGAUAGCCCAUAUGCUGGUGGCUGCUUCAACCUCAACAUACAUUUUCCUACAGACUACCCCUUCAAGCCACCUAAAGUGGCCUUCUCUACAAAAAUCUAUCAUCCCAACAUUAACAGCAAUGGCAGCAUUUGCUUGGACAUUCUACGAGGUCAGUGGUCUCCGGCGCUCACAAUUUCAAAGGUGCUCUUAUCCAUCUGCUCACUUUUAACGGAUCCCAACCCAGACGACCCACUGGUUCCAGAGAUUGCUCGAAUCUACAAGACAGACAUUACCAAGUACAAUGAAACUGCCCGAGGUUGGACCCAGCGUUUUGCUAUGUGA